GCUAGGCAAAAAUUAGAAUGGAGGCCAGUUGGAAAAAGGGGUCUCUGCUUCUAUUCUUCACCGCCGUUUUGCUCUGCAUCGUCUUCCUCUGCUCCCCACCGGCACCGUCGUCAGUGGCUCCAACCAUCACUGCUUCACUCCCCAAAGGGAAUGGGAGGAAGAUGUUGAUGAGGGGAAUCGGUAGGGAGAUGAAAAUGGGCGUAGGGGGAAGUAGUUCAGGUCACGGCGGUCACGGCCACCACCCACACAACAAGCGCAACUUUUGAGAUCCAUUUUUGGACUUCUUUCAUUUGUAACAAGAAGGGGGAAUUGUGGGCGACAAAUGGCUGGUAUAUACUCGUAUUGGGAUUUCCUUUAAUUCUCGUUCGUCCUUACGCGCGGCUGUCAGUGCACUCAAUUUCUAUUUCCAUUUUGUCUUCGUCGAAAAAAAAAUGUUCAUCUUUAUUGAAAUAAGAGCUAAUACCGGUA